UUCGGUUAUGAGCCACAGUUCGACAUCGCUACUGGAAGCUUCAACUUGAUCAAGCGAGAGCCGCGAAAGAGACGGAGAUUAUCUCUGCAGUUAUAUAGUACAGACGCGGAAAAGUUUUAUACACGCACAUACAGCAGCACGACGAGUCGUCAUAAUCGUAAUCGAGUCGCAUUUUUCGUUCGCGGAUCAGCUGCCAGACUUUUCUUUUUCGAUUGCAUAGCGAGCGACGUCUGCUCGUCUCUUCGAGAAAAUCUCUCAUUCACGUUUUUGCGGAACUACGAGUGCGUUGGCAAUAGAUAGCUGUUGCAGUAAGACGAGCUGAAACUCGACUUUUCUCGAUAAAUCGGCAACUAUCGGCAAAUAUCGGAAGAAAAUCUAAAUUUGCCUGUCAUUUCCACUGCGAAUCGCAACGAGGAAAUUUAUAAAUAGAAAUCAGUGAAAUUCGAAAGAAAAUAAAAAAUCCGAAAAAAAUGCCAAGCGGAAAAAUGCGCGUAGCCGUGAUCGGGGGUGGAGUCGCGGGCCUCGUAGUGGCUCGUCACGUCGUCGCCCGACCGGAGCUUUACGACGUGUGCCUGUUCGAGCAGACGGACAAGAUCGGCGGCACCUGGGUCUACACCGACGAGACCGAGCUCGAUCGCAACGGCCUUCCCGUGCACAGCAGCAUGUACAAAAAUCUCAGAACGAACUUGCCGAAGGAAAUAAUGCAGAUACCGGAUUUUCCAUUCGCCGAGAAGAAAGGCCCGUCCUUCGUUCACCACAGCGUCAUACGCCAGUACCUCGAGGAUUACGCUCAGCACUUUAAACUCUAUCCUCAUGUAAAACUCAACCACUUGAUCGAGCACGUGGAACCGGAGAAGCUCGCCAACGGCCAAGUUAUCUGGCAGGUGAGCUACCUCGACCUGGCGACGCGCAUCCGCGAGCGUCGUACCUUCGACGCGGUCUUCCUCUGCAACGGCCACUACACCGUCGGAAACGUGCCCGAGAUCGAGGGCAUCGAGAGCUUCCCGGGCAGCAAGAUCCACAGCCAUCAGUACCGCCAGCCCGAGCAGUACGCCGGCAAGUCGGUCUGCAUCCUGGGCGCCUCGUGGUCCGGCAUCGACAUCUGCCUCGAGGUGCACAAGCACGCCCGACGCGUCUACAUCUCGCACAAUCUCGCCCAGGAGCUCGACGUCAAGAUCGCCUCGAACGUCGACGAGAGGCCGGGUAUCGAGCGAUGCGACGGCUCGACCUUCUACUUCCGGGACGGAUCGAGCGCCCAAGUGGACGUGCUGAUCUACUGCACGGGCUAUCACUUCACCUAUCCGUUCCUGUCGGACAAGGUGAGGCUGAGCACCGAGGACAAUCACGUGGAGCCGAUCUACAAGCACCUCGUGCACAUGGACUGGCCGAGCCUCUUCUUCAUGGGUCUGCCGGCCAUCGUCAUACCCUUCCCGAUGUUCCACGUGCAGGCGCAGUUCCUGCUGGCGGUGCUGGAGGGCCGAGCCCGGCUGCCUCCGCGCGAGCUCAUGUACCAGGAGUACGAGGCCGAGAAGCAGAGUCUGCUCAAGGAGGGUGUCGCGCUGAGGCACAUCAACAAGAUGUGCAAACGCCAGUGGGCCUACUACGACGAGAUUGCCAAGGCCGCCGGCUGUCCGGCCUUCAAGCCGGUCGUGCGCAAGAUCUACGAGCACUGCAACAAGAUGCGCGACAUGGACUUCACCACCUACAAGAACUACAUGUACAGAAUCGUCGACGACGAGAACUUCGAGGUGGCUCCCUGUAAGGGUCUUUGUUAGGGUCUACGCCCCCAACAUCGAGAGAGAGAGAGAGCUAAAAAUCUGCAUAAUAUUACACGUUACUUUUAAGCAUUUAUCUAUAAGUACUUGUAAAUGAUAGUUAAUAUUCCUCGCCAUUGAAAUGCAUUUAAUUUUUUUUUUGUAUAUUGUAUAUUUCAACUUUUGUACUCUCGAGUCUUGCAUCAAUAACACAUCAAUUAUUUGUAAUGAUAUUAUUAAUAUUUUCCUCAAUAAAAAUGAGCUCGAUCGCAGAAAACGUACGCGCCGCAUUGAAUAUAAGCUUUGUAAAAUUUUUUUAUCGCGUUGACCCACAAAAAUACGAACGGGAGACGAAAAUCGUAAAUGUGCAGUGCGCGCAAUCGUCCGAGAUAAUAUAACUAGCCGAUCGAGCCGCUAUCAAAAAUUAUUAAUUUACAUGAGAAAAAAAGCCUCGAUUCAAUUUUUUAUUAAACAUAAUAGUUGAUGUCUGCUGAUCGACUUUACUUGUUCUACAAUUGAUAAAAAAAACAACCGUACGAUGUAUGUACAAACGACUAAUUCAUUUCGUGUCUACCAAGUUUUCAGUCCUUACAAAUGUUUGUUUAUUAAUUUUAAAUAAAUUUUAUAACCACAGAUUAUUAUAGUUUAACCAAUUUGAAGGAUAGUGCGUUAAUUCAUCUUGUUCAUGUACGUAGUUUUUCAAUACAAUGUACUGCCACUUCAAUCUUGACUAUUACAAGUUUCGUAGGUAUUUUCUGAUGAUACGUAAAUUAUUUUUAAUCAGUCAAACGUAUCCACCUACAAAAUUCUGUAAGAACUAAAUAUAAUAUAAAUAAAUCGACUGUAUUCAUUUUUCAGAGGAUAUCAAAGUUAGUGUAAUUUGAAAA